CACCAAACGCAUCCUGAUUCUGAUCCGAUUCUGGAUUCCAGCAUGUCGGUGCGUGCGUGUGUACAUAUCUGUUAAUUGUUUGGUCCUUAUUAUACGCUGCAUAUGCUUUGGACAAGGAUAGUCAAUACACUCCGCACCAGAUAGUCACUAGCUCCAUUGGCAUCACUUAUUACAUACUUCAUCAACAUGUCUGCUCCUAAACCGCUCCCCGCAAAUAAGGGUGCACGCGCUAUUGCGUCCGUGGUCUCGUACUCGCUUUGUAGUAUGACUAUGAUAUACACAAACAAGCUGUGUCUGAGCUCCUAUCACUUUGGCCAGUAUGUCAAUCUGCUGCUCUCUGCACAGUGCAGUAUAGCUGCCGUCCUACUGUACGUCAUGAAGCUGCAGGGCUACAUACGCCUCAAUCCCUUUGACGUGGAAGUGGCCAAGAAAUGGUUUCCCGCCACGGUGUUGUUCUGCGUGAUGCUGUACACGGGAAGCCAGUCACUCAACUACUUAACCAUCCCUCUGGUGACGGUGUUUAAGAAUCUGACGAAUAUAUUGAUCGCAUACGGUGACAAGCACUUCUACCACCAACACGUGUCCACUGGAGUGGUACUGGCCCUUAUACUCAUGCUCACGGGGUCUAUUCUAUCGGCCUGGACGGACAUCUCCUUCAACCUGACGGGCUAUAUAUGGAUGGCACUUAACUGUAUAGGCACGGCAGGCUACACUCUGUAUAUUCGCCAGGCUAAGCAGAACACCAACCUGGAUCAGUGGGGCAUGUCCUUCUACAACAACGUCCUUACCUGCUGUCUCACCAUCCCUGCUGCCUUCCUGAAUGGCGAGGUCACCGGCGUGCAGGAAUUUGAGUAUCUCUACGACCCUCAGUUUCUGCUGGCCCUCUUUGUCAGUGGUGCAAUCGGUACAGGCCUGUCCCUGUCUGUAUUCUGGUGCAUAAACGAGACGUCGCCUACUACCUACAGUAUGGUAGGAUCACUCAACAAGAUCCCAUUGACCAUUCUAUCGUUCUUGGUGUUUGCCCAACCCCUCACUUUUGCGUCAGGAGUGAGUAUUGGGUUUGGCAUCUUCUCGGGCAUUGUAUUCACCUAUGCGAAGUACAAACAAUCCGAAGCGGACCGCGUUCUUAAGGAGAACCAACUGAAGGAAGGGGGACCCUAAACCUCAACACUUGUGUGAAAAGACACGAGCGAAUUAUAUUGAAAUGGCAUCGAUAAGCCAAAAAGUUUUUUUGAUUAGGGCUAGUGAGGGAAUGAAUCUCAAAUAGACCUCCAAUAAAUUCUGGAGUACGCCCAAUAUGUCUUCUCAAUGGUGGGAAUUCU